AUGGUCAAAGAAACUAAACUUUACGAUUUAUUGGGAGUAUCACCUACUGCUAAUGAACAAGAAUUGAAGAAAGGUUAUAGAAAAGCUGCUCUGAAAUACCAUCCUGAUAAGCCUACUGGUGACACUGAGAAGUUCAAGGAAAUCUCGGAAGCUUUUGAAAUUUUGAAUGACUCGCAAAAGAGAGAGAUUUACGAUCAAUAUGGUCUAGAGGCCGCUAGAAACGGUGGUCCAGCAUUUGGUGGGGCUAGUCCCGGUGCUGGUGGUUUCCCUGGUGGAGCAGGCGGAUUUUCGGGAGGUCAUGGUGGACAUGCGUUUAGUAACGAGGAUGCAUUUAACAUCUUUUCAUCGUUUUUCGGUGGUAGCUCUCCAUUUGCAGCCGGUGGGGAUGAAGGCUUCGGAUUCUCUUCUUUCCCAGGUGGUAGCAGUGGUGGGACCAGAUUUAGUUCCGGUGGAUUCCCAGGUGGUAUGCCCGGCGGAAUGCCUGGUGGUAUGCCUGGUGGUAUGCCUGGUGGCAUGCCCGGUGGUAUGCCCGGUGGCAUGCCAGGCGGUUACAGAUCAGGAUCUGCUUCUCCAUCGCAAGUCGAAGAAGAAGUGGUUUCUGUUAAUUUACCUGUCAGCUUGGAAGAUCUAUGCGCAGGUAAGAAGAAGUCGUUCAAGAUUGGUAGAAAGGGACCUAACGGUACUUCUGAGAAGACACAGAUUGAUAUUCAAUUGAAGCAAGGUUGGAAAGCAGGUACUAAGAUUACUUACAAAAAUGAAGGUGACUAUAACCCACGUACAGGUGGUAGAAAAACAUUACAGUUCGUCUUACAGGAGAAGGCUCAUCCUUUGUUCAAGAGAGAUGGUGACAAUUUGAUCUACACUUUACCACUAUCAUUCAAGGAGUCACUUCUCGGGUUCUCAAAGACCAUUCAAACCAUUGACGGUAGGACUUUGCCAAUAUCAAGAGUCCAACCAAUUCAACCUUCUGAAUCUUCUAGGUAUCCAGGUCAAGGUAUGCCAAUCACUAAGAAACCAGGUCAAAGAGGUGACUUGAUUGUCAAAUAUAAGAUUGACUACCCAAUUUCUUUGAACGAUGCUCAAAAGCAUGCCAUUGAUCAAAAUUUUUAA